AUGAGCCAACAUUCGCGUACAAGUUACACAAAAAACUCGAUCGAUUCGCAGACUCCGCUGCCCGUCAAAGUCUUGGAGCAAAGUACAACAGAUAGCCGCGAUUGGGAAUAUAGAGAAACCGAUAUCAAUGAGAGUAUAACCGAUCCGAGAAUUCAAAAUAUCCCAACUUUUGUAUUCGCCAAUUCUGAUGUACUUAGGGGAGGCGCACUGGAUCUUCGAGCUAGACUUGAGGGUUACUAUGGUAUGCCCACAGAUAUUUGGUCAGACACGCAAUGGGAGUCAAAUGGGUUUUUCGGGUGCGCUGGCGACGAACGAGUCCGUCAUAAAACAUGGUUCCGCUUCCUCAUAAAGAUGGUCGUGCAAAAGAAAAAUAAAGAAACCGGUUACAUAGAAACGACGGCUUUCGGCAACCCUCAGUAUGACUAUUACUGGCACAAAAUGGGAUUCUUUAGUACAUGGUCCCCGAAAGGUCACCGGAGUAUACUUUGCCUGGACUGCCCGCCAGAGUUCGUGGGCCAUAUCCACAAGUCUCUGUCUAGCGUUGGCGGUGAAAGUUUUCAUAUUGAUCCUUAUUGUUUCCAUCCGUUUAUCGUCGGUGGGGUAGUCAGCACUUUCGAUGCCUCAAUUUGGGCGCUUCGCGAUCUUGUCCGGAUGACAGAAAAGAACCGAAAACGAGACGAAAAAAUGGCUGACUAUGAAGACCAUUUUGACUAUCUCCACGAAAUCUCCAGACACGUGAAUCAUUCUGGGGAAACUCUAACAGUGGCAACUGAAGUCAUGUCGAAGAUGGUUCACAGACAUGGGACUCUUUUGGCCCGUGCAGAAGGUGCUCCGGAUUUACACCGGGAUGCUAUCAUGCAGGUUGAUGAUAAUUUGGAUUUUUACCAAGGCUUGCUGUUUGGUUUUAAAUGCCGAUGCGAGUCCAUGCAACAGCGACACCAGAGUGAAAUUUCCCUGGCACAAAGUCGUGCGGUCGCCUCUGAUGCAGCGGCCAUGAAAGCCAUUGCGGGGCUGACGAUCGUUUUUCUGCCAGCAACAUUUGUCUCCGCCAUUUUCAGCAUGAGCUUCUUCGAGAGUGGAGCAGAGUGGGGUUUAUCCCCCAAGAUGUGGAUCUACUGGGUCAUAGCUAUCCCAGUCACCCUUAUCACCGUACUACUACUGCGCAAGGGACCUAAAGGCAGCAUUAUGAGGUUCUUUACCUUUUAA